AUGAAGAAAAUACACGAAGUCAGACCUGAUUUUGAAGGAGCUAUAGCUUACAUUGACCAAUACGGUAGACAGGUAAUCGUCAAUAGUGACAAGGAUUUCAGAGAAGCCAUCAAUCAGUCAAAGGGCAAACUGAAGCUGCACACCACCCUCAGCGAUGGACAGGUGAUCUCAGCAGCCGAGAUCGCCGGCAGACCUAAUCGUUCGCACAGCGUUCCACCGUCAGCGGAUCGUGGUUACCAUUCAUAUCCACCGGCCAAUUCCCGUUCUCCGUCAUCCAUGGAUUCAGCUCCACCCUCAUAUCCUAAUCGAACGAUAUCGCCACCACCGGCUCCGAUCGCCUCCGUUAAACAGCAACAAAUGAGUCCUGGCUCCUACACUUCUGGAACGCAGAUUCCUUACCCGGGAUAUGGUUACAAAUAUUCAACGUAUGCACCGUACUCGCAGAAUAUCCUCUAUGGUAUGCCACCGCACAGCGGGAUGCUGUUGAGGUUCCUUGCCAGCCCAUUCCCGUUUGGUGGUCAUUAUCGAACAUCAUUCAUCGGUCCCAACAAAUACCAUCAUUUUGGUAAUUGGGGUGGUCAUAAGUAUUACUCAUCUGGGUGGGGACCAGUAUGGUGA